AACAGAUAGGUUUCCAAGUAUUAUUUCAUUGAAUUCGGAGCGAAGUGAACCGGUUUUACAUAAAUAAAUUAUAUGCUUUUCAAACUCCCCGAGUCUUUCAAUGUUUCAUGAUGCAUUUUUCGUGUUUUUCAUUCCUCUUCUCCAACCACGUUCCAAAUAAUAAUUCGAGAGCCACAUCCAGAAAAAUACCCAUUGUUACAGGAAGUUCGAUAGUCUGGAAAUGAGAGAAAAAAAAGCAUUCAAAGUUUAGAGAGUCAAACCGAAGCUAAAAAGUGUAAAAUCAAUGCUUACUCAUAAAACAGCUGCUUGUUAGAAGUUGAAUGCAAAAAGGGAUGAUUUUUCGACUGUUCACCAGACCCUUCCCGAAAUUUUAUUUAGUUUAUUGAAUCGUCAUGCACUACUACCGCACUGGAUUGAGGUUAAUGUCAACACUGAUGCACUUUUUGAUCAUCGAAAUACCACUAGUUCGAGCUCACAGAGGGGGAAUAAAGUAUAAUCACCAAUAAUAAUUGGUGAUGAAUAAUUAGGGAACAGUAUGAUUACAUUAAUGGAACAAUCGAUAGAUUGAUUUAUCACACAAAGUUGAAGAUCUCUGCUCCGAAAUGAUACUCCAUGUACAUACAUACAGCAUCAGCGUAUCACGAACUAUAGCUGCUGGUAGUAAAAUUUGGUGCUAUAGUAUAUGCCACUCUUUUAACGAUUGAGAGGAAAUCAAUUGAAAGGAUCAACCUAUCGAUUACCUCAGCAGUGUCUUAGGGAGGAACAAACGACGAACAAACGAUUCAUCAGAAGGAACAAUUUAAAAUGAUUAGAUCUUUACGUGGGAGGGGCUAAAUUGAGGAAACAUGGGAGGAAAAAAUAAAAAAUCAAUUAUAAAUAAUUGGCUGGGGAACAAACGCUGAAAAUCCUCGAACAAUCAAGAACAAUUGACGAACUAUCGAUUGCAUUCGUCAAAAAUCAAUAAUUAUGGUAAUGAGUGGCUAACUUUGGAUGGGUGUAUCCAGCCACGAUUAUUCUUUUGUGGUGAGAACUAUAGCUACCUGAAAGUUUCGCACUAUUUGGCAGAAAUGUUAACUAUGAGGGAAUUUUAACACCCCUGUCGGUCCCACGUGAUGCGGUUAAGCGCGGGUUGUGUCAGUCACUUUCGUUUCGUCAAGGUAGUCACAUAUCGCGCAAGCAUACUGUUGGUUUUUCUUCGUUAAUCUGGAAUGGAGCACAUAGCACGUACGAAUCUUCCAUGGGAUUCAUACAUGGGUAGGUACCAUGGAAUGUGCGAUCCCAUUCUUGAACAAAUAUUGAAACGUGGAGGCGAAAAUUCACAGAAACACAACGAACGACUGAUUGAGAUGUGGUCAACAAGAACGCGCAAUCAUACCUCUCAGGCGAGGUACAAAAGAUUGUUGCGAUCAUUGAAUACCGAGGCAGUAAGUGACUCCAAUUCUAUCAACAACAAACUAAAUGACGAUUGUCUGGAGACAAUAUUCGAGUACCUUCCUGCUAAAGAUAAACUUGCAUUUGAAUAUGUUUGUAAGCGUUGGAAAGAAGUUGCUGUGUCAGGCUGGUUGCGUGUAAGGAGUCUCAACCUAUACGAAUCACCUGGUGAAGAUGAUACAUCUCCCAGUGAUAAGGCCAGGACUAAUCGAAUUUUUGGAGGAAUUCUCAAGAAAUGCGGAGAUCAUUUGCAGCGCCUGAAGAUCGGGAAUCCUUGCGACUACAAUAUUUUAUCAGCUGUUAACCAGUACUGUCAAAAUUUGACAAUAUUGAAAGUUUCAUUCACCAAGUUCACGACGCAAGAUGCUAGGAUGUUUCCGCGAAUGCAGAACCUGAAGCAUUUGGAAAUAAGAGGGCUCAAACAUUAUCCCAAACAUUUAUUCGAGGUACUGCCUGUUGACAGUUUAACGGAAAUCCACCUCUGGGCCACGGGUUAUGGGAGUUUACCACUCAUUGCUCCUACUGUGCUUGAAAGAUGUACAAAGCUGACAGCUCUAAGUCUAAAUGGUUUCGCCCCGGAUCCUAAUGUAUUGAACGUCAUCAGUCAGAAGUCGGAGCUCAAAUCUCUUUCUCUAUCAAACUGUCUGCUGAAUGUAGGACUCCCAUCACUGAAGUUGCUCACAAAUCUGGAGCGCCUUGAUCUCAGCUGGGUUUCAGGAGUUGUCGAGUGCUACGUAGAACAACUAUCGAAAUUCUGCGAAAAACUAAAACAUUUGGAUCUCACUCAUUGCUCAUCCCUCGACGAUCAAGGAAUCGCUCAUCUGGCAAAAUUACCACAACUUGAAGGACUUAUUGUGAAAAGGAUUCCUGAAAUUACUGACGCUCCCUUCAGAAAUUUACGUCACUUGACGGAGCUGCAGUGUGGAUAUAACUCACGUAUAAGAGACCCAGGAAUGAUUGCGCUGCUGGAAAAUGCGCCACACCUGCAGUACUUGAAUGUGAGACGUACCUCAGUCACCGAGGUGUUGGUCACUGAAGCAGAGAAAAUCACAGAACGGAGAACCAAUAAUCUUCCACUUUGUGUCCUAGUCUCCAGAUCGGUUGGUGUAAUGAGUGAAGUAUUCUCUUGUCUGAUUGCUGGAGUCAAUAAUUCGGUCUUUGAGAGUCAAUAUCCAGAAAAAGGAGAACGAAAGCAUUCAUAUCAUGAGGAGAGGCAAUACUUGAGUGAAUAUUGAGACUGACACGACAUUUAAAUUGUUCUAGAUUGGAUCCGGUUAGGAUAUACGGAUGAAUCGUGGAUUUGAACCCCACCAUUUGGCCCGAAUUAGAAUAAUCCAAUCAUGACUUUAGCUCUAUUGACACUGACAUUGAUGUAGUUAUUGAGAGGUAUCUUGCGAAUGAUGCCUUUCAAGAACAUUUAGUAAUUAUGUGAUGACAACAGGAUAGAAGACAAGUCCUAACAAACGAAUGCAUAGAAAUGUGAUGAAGAAGUUUUUGUAGAUUUAUCAAGAUAUGUUUGGAGGAAUGAAUUUUACAGAUUACGAUAAAGAUCUUUUAAAUUUUUUUUCCUUCUCGAUUGGAAAAUAUUUACAAAAUAAUUAGUAGAGAAUAUUUACUUUUAUCUUCUUUUAUUAUUUUGUUACCUGAAUUAUUAAUUUGCAGACAUAGAGACCAUGUUUUUUUGUUCUCUCUAACUCUGAGGAACUGCAAAAAAUUGUAUAUUAUUCUUGACUCUGUAUGACUAUUUCAUUUUUCAUACGCGGAAAAUAAUGAGGAAUUGUAUAAAUACAUUGCGCAUACCGUAUUUCACGUAAA